CGUCAAAACUGAUCAAUCAACUCAAUUCAUUCAUCAACCACAGCUUCUAUUUAAGCUAGCCAUGGCUUCUAAAGAAAAUUUCUGCCAAGAUUAUCUGCUGCUGAAUCCAAAAGAAGCGGGAUUUUGGGAUCUGCUUCGCAUCUUCUAUUCAUCGGAAUUAGAGAAGAGGGAUUUCUUCGAUACCCCGAUAGCUGACAGGUUAGGAGGCUUCCCCGACCGAUGGCUCGUGUUUGUCUCUGUUGUUGGUCAGAAGAUCCUCCUCAAGGGGAAAAAACCCAUGGCCAACAUUGGAUAUUACAUAGAGCAGUGGCUGAAUUAUCCAACCGCCAAUGGUGGCUUUGGCCGCCUCAUCUUGAAUUUUCUUUCAGGAAAGGUGGUGAGGCCAGAUAGGCUGUCUGCAACUUUCACGUCGGCCAUAGGAAAUCUGGACAAACGAUGGGACUUAGACAGCAGAAUUGGAGCAAAUGACGAGAGGUAUGGUGCAGCCUUAUCUGUAAUGGCCGCAAAAUUGUCCUACGAGAAUGAAGCCUUUAUAACUACUGUAUUCAGAGAUCGAUGGCAGAUGGAAUUCUUGGGCUACUUCAACUUUUGGAACGACUACGAGCAAUUUUACACAACACAGGCCAUCAUGUUCCAAGACAAGAAAGUUGAUCCGGAUCUCAUUGUGGUUGCAUUUCGAGGGACGAGUCCAUUUGAUGCAGAUGAUUGGCUCACGGAUUUGGACCUUUCUUGGUAUGAUCUUGAAGAUGUAGGCAAGCUUCAUGCUGGAUUCAUGAAAGCCUUAGGCCUGCAAAAGGAAAAGGGUUGGCCUAAGCAAAUUGAUCAAGGCUCUGGCACUAAAGAAUAUGCUUAUUAUGCAAUAAGGGAAAAGCUGAGAAAAUCACUGAGUGAAAAUAGGAAAGCAAAGUUCAUGGUCACUGGGCACAGCUUAGGAGCUGCAUUGGCAAUCUUAUUUCCAGCUAUACUAAGUUUGCAUGAAGAGGAAUGGCUGUUGGAUAGAAUGGAAGGAGUUUACAGUUUUGGGCAGCCUAGAGUUGGGGAUGAGAAAUUUGGGAAUUUCAUGAAGGAGAAGCUUAGGUUGUAUGAUGUGAAAUAUUGUAGGUAUGUUUAUAACAAUGAUAUCGUUCCAAGAUUGCCAUAUGAUGACAAAACCCUAUUGUUUAAGCACUUUGGGCCUUGUCUAUACUUCAACAGCUCGUACAAAGGGCAGAUUCUGGAGGAGGAACCAAACAAGAACUACUUUUCGCUGCUAUGGGUUUUACCAAAGUUUAUGAGCGCAGUCUAUGAGUUGAUAAGGAGUUUCAUUAUCCCUUUCACCAGAGGAAAUGAGUUUAGAGAAGGGUGGUUUGAGAUAUUUUUCCGGGCUGUAGGUUUGAUAAUUCCUGGAUUAUCAAACCAUGGUCCUCAAGAUUAUGUCAAUCUAACCCGAUUGGGGACUUUAUCUUCCUUAGCCUAUUCUCCUCCUCUACCAGAUUCAAAAAAAGACUGAUGCUGCCAAAAAAUAUUCUAGAUUAUGUAUCAAAUUUGCCCCCAGACAAAAAUAAUCUUUUGUUGUAUCAUUAGAUUUCAGUCAAUAGUCUCCCUUAGCUUUGCUGCAAGACACAAGAGGAGAUUCAAUUUCGACCCUCUGUAUUCACACAAACCAAUGUCAUUGGUCGAUUG